AUGGCACCGUCUCUUGAAACACCGGAGUCCGUCGACGAUGUUUUCGCCAACCCAAUCAAGCAGAAGCCACAACUCGUCGCGCCAGAACCUCAAAAUUGCGUCGGCCCCGACUCACAGCAGGCUGGUAAAGCGGACUCAUGCGCCGGAUGUCCGAACCAGGCCAUUUGUGCUUCAGCACCAAAGGGUCCAGAUCCUGAUAUUCCAGUAAUCUCCGCGCGAUUGGAGAAUGUCAAGCACAAGAUCCUAGUGCUCAGUGGAAAGGGUGGCGUGGGCAAGAGCACAUUUACCUCAUUGUUAGCCCACGCGUUUGCGACAAAUCCGGACAGCAAUGUAGGUAUCAUGGAUACUGAUAUCUGCGGACCCAGUAUUCCCAAGAUGAUGGGUGUUGAGGGAGAGACGGUUCAUGUCAGCGGUACAGGAUGGUCACCUAUCUGGGUUAUGGACAACCUUGCCGUUAUGAGCAUUCAGUUUCUACUACCGAACCGGGACGACGCCGUAAUCUGGCGGGGUCCCAAGAAGAACGGUCUUAUUAAACAGUUCCUCAAGGAUGUGGAGUGGGGUGACCUUGACUUCUUGCUUGUCGACACACCUCCAGGUACAAGUGAUGAACAUCUCAGUGUGAACUCGUUCCUGAAGGGAAGUGGAAUCGAUGGCGCUGUCAUGGUCACAACACCACAAGAAGUCUCGCUUUUGGACGUACGAAAGGAAAUCGAUUUCUGCCGUAAGGCUGGUAUCAAAAUACUGGGUCUUGCAGAGAACAUGAGUGGCUUCGUCUGUCCCAAAUGUUCAAAUGAGAGUCAGAUCUUCAAGGCUAGCACAGGAGGUGGGCGUGCCUUGGCCGAGGAGAUGGAUAUUCCCUUCUUAGGAUCAGUACCCCUGGACCCCAGAAUCAGGAUGGCGUGUGAUUACGGAGAGAGUUACUUUGACUCGUUCCCAGAUAGCCCGGCAUGCCUCGCGUUCCAAGGAGUAGUUAAGAACCUUGCGAUGCAAUUGGGAUUGGAUUCCCAAGAUGUGCUCCCGGACGAGUAG